AUGUCAGAGCAGGCUUAUGGGCCUUUUCCUCAACAACCUCCUACAGGAAUGUCACAAGAUCAGGAACCAUCAAUUUCAGAUAUGCUAAAAUCCUUGAUGGCUUUAACUAUACAGACCCAAGUUAUUCUUCAAAUUACAGAAGCGUCCCUCAAGAAUUUGGAGAGUACUAUGGGACAAAUUGUUACAUCAUUGAAUAAUCUUGAGGUUACGAAUAUUGGAGAAUUACCCAUAGAAUUAGAGAGUAAUCCAAUAGAGAAUGAUGGUACCCUAACUCUUCAAAGUGGUCCACAACUUUACUUGCGACCUCAUCCAGACAUAACAUUUGAUCUAAUUCAAACUCAAGAAGUCAACAAUUCAACCCCAGAAGCAUCUUCUCCACCAGAGAUCGAAACUUUCACGUCAGUUGGUUCAUCAUCACAAAACAUGCUACACAAACCAACUGUUAGGUCCUAUGUCCAUAUUCCUCCUUUUCCGAACAGAUUGACAAAAUUUAAGAAUGAGGAGGAAAAUAAGGUGAUCCUUAAAAUCAAUAUUUCACUCCAUACAUCCAUUAAACAAGUACCACCAUAUGCUAAGCUUCCUAAGGAGUUGUCCACAAAUAAAAGGAAGCUGAAAGGUGAUAAAAAGAUAAGUGUGGGGGAGAAUGUUUCUGUUAUUCUCCAAAGGAAGUUGCUACCCAAGUGUCAAGACCUUGGGAUGUUUAUAAAUCCAUACACUAUCAGUAAAAGCAGGUUUGAUCAUUGUAUGAUAGAUUUAGGAGCACCUAUUGAUUUAAUGUCUUAUUCUAUUUUUGCUUCUUUAAAUCUAGGGUUGUUAAAAGAAACUAGUGUUAUUAUUUGA